AUGUCUAACUUUGGCCGAAGAACAUGGGACAAGGAAGAAUAUGCUAUUCAAGCACAAACGAAAUCGUUGCAUGAAUCCUUAAAGCACACGCUCACGGCAUCAGAACUAUCUGAACUAAAGAUUAGAUAUACCAAUUAUGAUCAAUUAAUGAAGGAUUCCAUAAAGGGGAUUAAUCAGAAAGUUCUAACCACAGGCCUAACUUCAUAUAAGAAGGGAAAACAAUUUGGUUUUUACUGCGAGAUUUGCGAUUUGACUUUUAAAGAUUCUUUGCAAUUUAUAGAUCAUUUAAAUCAUAAGACCCACGAGAUUAAAUUUGAAUUAACAUUUGAUGAACCACUAGUUUUAGAUACUAGAGAUAAUGAUGAUAUUGAGAUAGAUGAAUUUUCUAAUUCUCUUAAGGAGAACGUUAAAGCCUUUGUCAAAAUACAUAAAGCCAAACCAAAACGAGAUAAAGAUGCAUCUGUAAAGAAACAAAGGAAGAAGAACAAAAUAAUAACCAAUACUAAUUCUGAGAUUCAUUCAAUGAUGGGUUUUACAGAAUUUGGUAACUCAAAGAGUUAG